AACAGUUCAGGGGCACGGAGCCAUAAGUGCAAAGAAGAAGUUCCAUCUUCAGAUAAAGUAUCGGUAGACUAUUAUCAAGAGGAAUUUCUUGUUUUUGGAAUAUCAAUUGCUUUUGAAAACAAAAAUUGACAUGAAAUGCGUUGUACCUGGAGGAAACGUCAAGAUUUUAGCAAAGGCAGUACACAUGUUGGCAAAGAUUGGGGAUGAAAUAUAUGUAAAUCCACAACAGGAAGCUAUUUCCUUUCGGACAGUCAAUAUGGCAAAAUCAGCAUAUUCCGAUUUUACAUUCUAUAAAAAUUUCUUUUCUUAUUACACUCUUGGAGAUCUUGCAGAAGAAGAGGCACAAAAGUGUAAAAUUUCCAUGAGGAGUGCCAUGACUGUUUUUAAAUUUGCAAAUGCAUUAGAUAAACAAGUGGAAACUUGUCAUAUCUGUUUAGAAGUAGACGCCUGCAACCUAGUGUUUAUCUUGAAAUACAAAAAUGGUAUUAACAAGUCUCACUUGUCACCUAUCUUGGAUUGUGAAAAGUUGCAAGCAUCAUAUUCCAAGGCUGAAAUGCACAAUGAAUUAGCAUCGCAAGCUCGAGUGUUGGUUGAUGCUUUGCAAAAUUUCCCACAAAGUCUGAUUGAAAUAACACUUGAGAUAACACCCAAUAAGGUCUUGCUCAGAAAUUAUGUGGAUGACUCAUCAGUCAUGGUAAAUACCACACGAACCCAACUGGCUCUCAGCGUCGGAGAAUUUGAUCGCUGUAUAGUAGGUAACGAGACAACCAUCACAUUUUGUCUGAAGGAAGUUAGAGCUUUUCUUACGUUUAGUGAGAGCGCAGGUGUUCCGAUUACUGUGAAUUUUGAAACAACAGGAAAACCAAUGUUACUUGCACUGAGAGCUCCGAGUUUUGAGGCUAACUUAUUGUUAUCAACUCUGAGCUUAGACAGCGACAGCCAGUCGGAGUCAUCGGUCGCCACCAGACAGAUACAACCGGUUCGAAGAAAAAAUACUUCCUCAAGAAGCAUUUCCAGGCGUGGCAGAAAAGCAUCUAAUCAAGUAAAACGAUCUAUUGUUCCUACUAAGUCUCCCAAUAAUACAUUUCGGAAUAAAUCACCGGAAGAAGAAAAUCGGAUGGUCAAAACGUUGAAUCAAACCAGGAACAGUUCAGCAAACAUCAUUUUCGCGAAAACGAAUAAAUCUACCGAUGACGGGCAAGAAAGAAAUCAUAGAAGUUACAUAGAACAAAAUCAAAAUAAAAUAGAACAGAAUCGUUUACUCACCGUCAUUCCUGCCAGCACAUCUUCGAUUACUUCUAAAAAUCAGAUGGACAAGACGUUGAGCCAAAUCAACACAAACAAUUCAACGAACAUUGUGUUUGGGAAAACACAUAAUUUUAUGGAUCGUGUACAAGAAAGAAAUCUAAGUAACGUAGAACAGAACCAUUUGUUCACCGUCACAAACAGUCCUGCCAGCACAUCUUCAACCACUUCUAAAAUUUCAGAAAAACACCGAAAACUGGUGAAGUCGGUGUUUUCCACUAUUACAAAGCGAAAAUCGACGUGCGAUGAGAAUUACAGUACAGAAGAGGAUCCAAUUACGGAAGAAUAUUCCAACUUGGACGAGAGUGUAUCGCGUUCACUAUCUUCGUCAUCGAAGCAAGUGGCUAAGAAAGCUAAAGUAGUGUUUCAGAAAUGCUUUCAGACCACUUUUGAUCCUCGAAUGUUACCUGGUCACGAUGUUGUUUUAGUGGGAGACUCUGACGAAAAUAGUGAUUAAAAUUAUUGUUUUACCAGCAAGAUACACGAGGAAGAGGAUACUUCCAUAAAAACAAACUUUCAUAUGUAAAUAAGAGACAUUGAGUUUUUUUUGUUUGGACAAUUAAAAAUGACUUAGUUCUAUACGAUAUUAAACCUUCUGACAUAAUAAUGUGUUUCAGAUUAUUUAAAUAGUUGCUUUUAAAUAAUUAACAUCCUUGAUAAAAUUUUAAAGUUUUAUAAUUUAAAUUUUAUCUUUCUCCUGAAUACUCGUAGUUUUAUGCAAUUAAGUUUGCUAAAGCGCUUUUAAUGCCAAAUGUACACUAAAUAGUUUAUUGUAUGGAAAUCACAUAGACACAAAUAUGAGUACAUUGUACAUAAUUAUAAUGUCACAGUGCAUUGACACAAUGUGUCAAUGCCUGUACUACAGUGCAAACGUUAAGACAAUUUAAUUAGAUCUUGGAUUGUAAAUAAAAUUGUUUUGUUUAUACAAUAGCUUACACUAA